AUGCCGUCGCGCGCAUCCGACAUGGCCCAGCAGGGCUUCACCGUGCUGUCGGCCAAGGCGGCCAACGGCGAGGUGGUCCACAUCAACGACCACGUUUACGUCUCCAUGCCAUGGUCGGACCGCGAUGGCACGCCAUACAUUAUCGCACGCAUCCUCGAGUUCGUGUCGGCUGGAAACGCGCACAAAAGGGGCACCAACUCGCGGCACGUCGCCAAGAACGAACUGCACGUCAGAUUGAGCAUCUACUACCGCCCUGGCGAUAUCUCGGGACGACCCGUCAGUGACUUCCGCCAGCUACUGGCCGCCAUCCAUACGCUCGUCGAACCCGUCUCUGUCAUCCGCGGCAAGUGCUACGUUCGACACAAGGAGAAGAUCGACGACCUUGUACGCUGGCGCAACACCCCAGAUCACUUCUACUUUAGCAAGUUCUUCGACCCAUACAUCAAGCGCGAGUAUGAGGUACUUCGCACCGCGAGCGUGAACAACAUCCCACCCGAGGUGAAGAAGGUGUUGCUUGAGCGCUACGAGUACCUCCUCACCGAGAAGGAGAUGGUCGCCGACCUUAUGGACGACUACCAUUCCUGCAAGAUCUGCGACAAGUGGGCCGCCGCGCAGCAUACGGUGCGCUGCGAGCUGUGCCGUUGCUACUUUCACAUGGCGUGCUUAACACCACCGCUGAGCGCCAAGCCAGCCAAGGGUUACUCGUGGGCGUGUCUCGGGUGCACGAUCCAGCGGCGCAUGGACGUCGAGAGCGAAAAAUACCGCUUCGUGACCAACGGAGGAAGCGCGCCGCCCCGUGUCAAGCCCGGCAAGAAGGAGCGCGCGGCGAUCAGCGACACGCCCGAUGUCCAGUUCCGCGGGUGGUCGUGGCGGUACUUUGGCUUGCAUACUCGGGCCGAGGACACGCUGAGCGAGGAGGACCUCACCUUCCCUCGUGCGGUGACGAGAGUCGGGCCAAGGUACACAGCCAACGUCCUCACAUGGGAGGAGCAGCAGGCCGCAGAAGCAGCAAAGCAGGGCAGCUUACGGGCGUUGGGCCCGUCGCUCGAGACUCCGGAGCGGGGUUUCGACCCUGACGAGAAUGCGCAUACGACGACGCUGACCGUGCUCUCAGAGCCAGACCCAGGGCUCGGACCGUUUAUGGACGACGUUGCCCGCCUCAACCUCCCCGUCCCGCCAUACGACAUCAACCGCCUCAACAAGGGCGUCGUCGCGUAUCACGACAAGGGAGCCGAAGAGGGCCUCAAGUACAUGAAGAUGCUGAAGCUCGAGGACUUUGGCAACCCCCUCAUAUGGACAGCGGCCGAGGACGCGAUCCUCGAGGCCGAGCUGAGCAGGUACAGCGGGCUCGAAGCGCACGCCAUCUCCAAGGCGGUACACAAACGCCCCGCCGAGGUUGUGCGCUACACCUUCAAAUGGCGAAACAAGCGUCUCAAGACUGAGAACGACCUCAUCCGCCAGCACCGCAAGGUGCACGGCAGCCACGGGAGGAACCACUCGAAGACGCUCGGCCCACCGAGUCUCGGCAAGAUCCGCUCGCGCGCCGACAGUGAGGUCAGCGAGGACGAGGGAUCGCUGUACAACGCGGCGUUUACCAGCGCCAACCGCAUGGCCUGUGCCGCCUGCGGCACGCGCACCUCGAACGUGUGGUGGAAGUGUCCGCGCACAGUACAAGGGAACGCAAUGUGCGAGCCCUGCGGCUCCAACUAUCGCAAGUACGGCGUCAUCUCGUUUGUUAAGAGCGAAGACGCCAAGCGCCCCGAGAAGAAGGACGUGCGCCGCCGCAAGGACACUGGGUCGGCCACAUCUACGCCCGCGCCUGCAGCUCCCAAGGCGCCGCCAUGCGCUCUCUGCAAGAAGAGCGACAAGAGCCUCCUCCGUUGCAAGACGUGUACUUUCCGCUGCCACGCUUCGUGCUACGGGGUGCGCGGCGAAGGACGUGUAGCGGACGGAUGGGAGUGCGAACUGUGCGCCAACGCGCGCGAAGAGGAAGUCAACCUCGAGCCCCGAUGUGUGCUCUGCCCGGCGGACAUGUCGGUGGUGGCAGCGCUCACGCGGAAGAAGAAGAUUGUGUACGACUUUGACGUGUUAUCGGCCAUGAAGCCGACCGAAGGGUGUCGGUGGACACAUGCCUUGUGUUCGGCCUGGCAUGCCGAGGUGCAGUACGCGGAUACGGGGGCGUUCAAGGCCGUCGAGGGGAUCAGUACUAUCCCCCAGGAGAAGUGGGAGGGGACAUGUACCCUCUGCAACCAACCCGACGGUGCCAAGCUCCCCUGUACCGACUGCGGCGCACGCUACCACGUCUCGUGUGCUUGGGCCGCGGGCCACCGGGUCGGCCUGGAAAUGACGCUGGCCAAGAGCAAGGGCGCGACCAUCGCGCGCUUCAAGGAAGACGCGGGCAUCAUGGCACCAGGUAUCUGGUGCCGUUCCCAUUCUCUCGAGGGACGGAGCAUCUACGACCCCUUUGACAUGGACGACGGCGAGACCGCGCUCAGCAUCUACGCUGCGACUUACAAGGGGGUCAAGGGCGGAUUUGCUCUGCUUCGCAAAGCGCAGCGCAUGGAUCAGGUGAUGGAUCAGGUGAAGGACGAGGAGGGUAAGGAGGGUAAGGAGAGUAAGGAGAAUCUGCGUGUGUGUGGGAGUUGCGGGAUUGACGCGUCUCCGCGCUGGCACGACGGGUUGUGCCAUCUCUGCUGGUUUGCGGCUGGACGACCGUUGAAGCGCAAGGCGGACGAGAUGGAUACCAAGCCCACCGUUGGCGUUAAUGGGCUUGUCGUACUGGCCUGA